AUGGCUGACAGAGGUGACGCCGACAGAGCUGGUAGCGAGAGAGGCCGCCGUGGAUUCGGGGGACGAGCAGGCAACCGAGGAAAGGGUCGUCGUCACGGUGGUUGUCGCGAGGAGGAGAAGUGGGUUCCGAUGAUCAAGCUCGUCUGUCCGGUGAUUCGCAGCUUGGAGCAAAUCUACCUCCACUCGCUUCCCAUCAAGGAGUACCAGAUAAUAGACGCCCUCGUCGGCCCCGGCGUCCUGAAAGACCUGGUCACGACGAUUAGCCCCAUUCAGAUUCAGACCCGCGCCGGACUGCGAACCCGAUUCAAGGCCUUCUUUGUCGUCAGCGAUGGAAACGGCUACGCCGGAUUGGGUAUCAAGUGUAGCAAAGAAGUCCCAAUCGACGCCAUAGUCUAUGUCGGAGGACGGAGGCUUUUGGGAGCCAGUGGAGCCUGUUCUUAUUAA